AUGUCAUUGAUUGAAUGGAGAGAUGUGUUCGACGAUAUAUUCCAGGAUUAUUCGGAUACAUGGUCGUUGAAUCAAGCACAUCGAAAUGACAAAAAUUUGUUCAAUAGAUUGCAAACGCAAAACUGUCUCACUCAAACAAGAUAUGCGGGAUUUCACUGUCCAAAAUGUUCUCAUUAUUGGACAUCAGCUAGAGCUAAAGUGGAUUUAUAUUAUCCAAAAUCUCAUCAAAGUCUUGGUCAAGUCAAACUGCGAUUAUAUGGCCAAGAAUGUCUAAAAUGUUCCCGAAAAAUGGUCUAUUAUGUUGAUCCCAUCUUCAGCAUCGAUGUUAUUCAGAUCAUACUGGAGAAACUUCAUGAACGGGUGGGCUGGUUUUGUUACGGUAAAGAACGACCCGAAAAAACUGUCACUGAUACAUCAGAUCGAGGCAGAGUCAUGAAUGGUCCACAUGAGAAGGAAUUGUGCGAGGCUUGUAAAAUGGGACGAUGUGAUCAAGUGUAA